AAUAACAUACAGUGUCAGUCCCAGAGUGGUACAAUAACGUCAAAAGGCUAAAGUUCGUACUAAAGAACGACUGCACCAGCUUAAGGGAAGUCUUUUGUGGAAAAAGAAUUUUUAACAUUGGAAAAGCCAUGACGGACUCCAACAAGAUGAUCAUCAACUUGGCCCUCUUUGGCCUGACUCAGAGUGGAAAAAGUUCUGCUGGGAACAUUCUUCUGGGAAGCACUGACUUCCACAGCAGCUUUGCUCCAGGUUCUGUGACCAAAGAUUGUAGUCUGGGCCGCAGUUCUCACCUCCAUGGCUUCAUGCGUCGAGCGGGGCAAGAGAUAACCCUGCAGGUCCAGGUGUUGGACACUCCAGGUUGUCCACACAGCAGGCUGAGCGAGGACCAUGUGAAACAGGCGGUCAAGGAGGCCCUGGCACGGCACUUUGGGCAAGAGGGUCUCCAUCUCGCACUGCUGGUGCAGAGAGCGGACAUGCCUCUCUGCGGAGAGGUGGCAUCGUCCCCAGUGCGUAUGAUCCAGGAACUUCUGGGACAAGCUUGGAAGAAUUAUACUGUCAUUCUUUUUACCCAUGCAGAAAAAAUAGAAGAGGCUGGGUUCAAUGAAGACGAAUACUUACAUGAGGCUUCUGAUACACUGCUAACCCUACUAAGUUCUAUUCAGCACAGAUAUAUUUUCCAGUAUAAAAAAGGAACUUCACUUAAUGAACAAAGAAUAAAAAUCUUAGCAAGACUUAUGGAAUUUAUAAGAGAAAACUGUUAUCAAGUUAUUACCUUUAAAUAAAAUUUACAUAAAAGGAAAAGGGCAUUGGGUUUUA